UGUUUCGUGCUUUGGGUUCGGUUUUCCCACCCCUGAACGCCUUUAUAAACGUCUUCUCUCUUCCACAAUCUCGUAAUUCGCAAGGUCAUCUGAUUCUCGAUCUAUUUUCAUACGGAGUAUUUUCAUAUCCACCGAAGCCCUUUCAAGAUGCAGAUCUUUGUGAAAACCCUAACGGGCAAAACGAUCACUCUGGAGGUCGAGAGCUCGGACACAAUUGACAACGUUAAGGCCAAGAUUCAAGACAAGGAGGGUAUUCCCCCAGACCAGCAACGGCUUAUCUUCGCCGGAAAGCAGCUUGAAGAUGGCCGAACCUUGGCUGACUACAACAUCCAGAAGGAGUCCACCCUCCAUUUGGUGCUCCGUUUGAGGGGUGGGAUGCAGAUCUUUGUCAAGACUCUUACCGGAAAGACCAUCACCCUCGAGGUUGAAAGCUCAGACACUAUUGACAAUGUGAAGGCAAAGAUCCAGGACAAAGAAGGAAUACCACCCGAUCAGCAGAGACUCAUCUUUGCUGGAAAGCAGCUUGAGGAUGGCCGUACCCUUGCUGAUUACAACAUUCAGAAGGAAUCCACUCUGCAUUUGGUUCUCAGGCUGAGGGGUGGAAUGCAGAUCUUUGUGAAAACCUUGACUGGGAAGACCAUUACUCUGGAGGUGGAAAGCUCUGACACCAUUGAUAAUGUGAAGGCUAAGAUUCAGGAUAAGGAGGGGAUCCCACCAGAUCAGCAGAGGUUAAUCUUUGCUGGAAAGCAGCUGGAAGAUGGGAGGACCUUGGCUGAUUACAACAUCCAAAAGGAGUCCACCCUGCACCUUGUUCUCCGUCUCCGUGGUGGUUUCUGAAGGUUUCUAGUAUUUUCGUCAAGUGUUGGACUAAUCAGUCUGGUCUGUGAUUGUGUAAUGGAAGUGCGUUUGCUUUUGUGUUUGUGAUUAUGCACAAUAAAGUUGUUGUCUUGUGAAGAUGAUGGUGCUAUUCUUGCUUUCGUAGCUACUUUGUGCUGAUUAGUUGUUGACUUG